CCGGCCCGGCCCUACGGGGACCCGGCGGCGGGAGGCGGAGGUGGAGCGGGACGGGAAGGGCCCCUGCGGGGCGGCCGCCGCCGCCGCCAUGGCCGCUGUGUGGCAGCAAGUGCUCGCCGUGGAUGCGAGGUACGCGGCCUACCGCACCCCGCGCUGGCCGCAGUUCCGGACCCAGUACGUGCGGCGCCGGAGCCAGUUACUGCGGGAGCAAGCGCAGGGGGGAGCCUUGGAAGGGAGCACCCGGCGCUGGUACCUGCGGGUGCGCACCCGACUCCUGGCCCAGCGCUACGGGGCCCUGUCCGAGCAGAGCAGCUGCCGGGCCCACAGCAGCAGCGCCCUACGGGCCAGCCGCACCACGCUGGACCGCAUGGAGGACUUUGAGGACGACCCACGCGUGGCACGAGGACACCGGCGCUCCCUCAGCCGCGGCUCCCACCCUGGGGUGCCCCGCGGGGCCCCCGACGAGCGCCCCCCCGGCGUGGUGCCCACCCCCCUGGCAGAAGCGAGCCGUGCCAUGGCCGGGGACACCACCCUGAGUGAGAACUACGCCUUCGCCGGUGUCUACCACGUCUUCGACCAGCACACGGACAGCGCCGUGCCAAAGGUGCAGUUCGCCCACGACGACCGGCACUUGCUGGCGUGCUGCUCGCUGGACGGCACCAUCUCCGUGUGCCGCUUGGCGCCGGGGCCGCCGGCCGUGCUGCAGGUGCUGCGGGGUCACGGCGGCGGCGUGGCCGACUUCGCCUGGUCCCUCUCCAACGACGUCUUGGUGUCGGCUUCCUUGGAUGGGACCUUGAGGCUCUGGGCUCCCGCCGACGGGCGCUGCAUCCGCCGCGUGCCCGACCCCGACGGUGCUGCCUUGCUCUGCUGCGCCUUCCAGCCGCUCAACAACAACCUCACUGUGGUGGGCAGCGCCCGGCACAUGGUGCGGGUGGUGAACAUCUCCACGGGGAAGCCGGCACGGGGCGGCGCGGGCCGAUUGCCCGGGCGGGUGCUGGCGCUUUGCUUCGAUGCCCCCGGCCGCAUCCUUUGGGCCGGUGACGACCGCGGCUCCGUCUCCUCCUUCCUCUGUGACCCUGGCACUGGGCGGCUGACGAAGGCCUCGCGCGUGGUGGUGCAAGCAGGAGGCUCCAUCACGUCACUCUCUGCACGGGCCUGCAGUCGUGAGGCCCCUGACCCUUCGCUGCUGGUUAAUGCCUGCCCUGACCGUCUGCUGCUGUUCAGGGUAGUGGAAGAGGAGGGCUCCGGGGCGCCGGGGCUGCGGCUGCGGCGCAGCUUCCCCACGAAGCACCGGGAGCAGCCCCUGCGAAGCUGCUUCUGUCCCCUCAUGUCCUUCCGGCAGGGAGCCUGUGUGGUGACGGGCAGCGAGGACGCCUGCGUUCACUUCUUCGACGUGGGGCGCACGGCGCGAGCCACCGUCAACACGCUGCAGGGCCACGGCGGCGCCGUGCUGGCCGUUGCCUUCAACUGCGACGAGAGCCUCUUGGCCUCCAGCGACGCCACCGGCACCGUCAUCGUGUGGCGCCGCCAGCACGCCUGACCCCCCCCCAAC